AUGCCCCAGAGGAACGCCGCCGCAUGUAGCGCGCUCGCCGCCUACGCGCAGCGCCGGCGCUGGCCGGAGGCCGUGGAGAUGCUGCUGCAGCAUGGCGGCAGCUGGAGCUCCUCCGCCGUCGCCGCCUGCUUGGCCUCCGUUCUUCCCCGCUGCGGCAUGGCCGGGCCGGAGAUCCAGCCCUCGCCUGCAAACGCAGCCUGCAGUCCCGCACGGCGGUCUGCAACGCGCUCAUCGCCUUGUACGCUUGCCGAGGAGAGCUCUCCUCGUCGGAGAAGGUGAGCGGGUUGGCACCCGGGACGUCGUUCACCUGGAACGCGAUGGCGGCGUCGCGCGCCAUCGCCGGGGACCUCGACGGCGAGUUGGGGCUCUUCUCCGGCAUGCAGGCCGGCGGCGUGAACCCCGACGGGUACUCCUUCGGUGCCCUCUUCAAUGGCUGCUGCCGCCGGUCGGCGCUCCGGCGAGGGCGGCGCUCCUCGCCGACGCCGCCAAGCGGGGGUCUUGCCCACCAACCGCGUAGCCGGCACCGUGCUGGUGGACAUGUAAGGAAAGUGCGGGGCAAUGGAGGACGCCGCAAGGUGUUCGAGGACAUGCUCGAGAGGGACAUCGUUCGUGGAACGCCGUCAUCUCGGCGUGCGCCUCAACCCGCGCCCCCGCGAGGCCGCCGCCCUCUUCCAGGCCAUGGUGGGAACAGGGCCCGGUCGAACGGGGGCAGCUCCGUGGGGCUCCUCGCGGGUUUUGCCCACGCGGGGCCGCCGGCGAGGGGCCCCGCCUGCUCGCUGCCAUGCCAGUGCAGCACGGCGUGGCUGCCGGCGUGGAGCACUACACCUGCGUGGUCGACGGCCUUGCCAGGGCCGGCCGGUUUGAGCAGGCCCUGCCGGUGGCGUCCGAUGGUGCCCCGUGGGGCGCGCUGCUCGGCGGCUGCAGGAUGCACGGCGCCGUAAAGCUGGCGGAGGUGGAGCCGGGGCACGCCGGCGGGGGUGUUGUUGGCCGGUGUGUACACGGGGGCGUGCCGGUGGGAGGAUGCGGCGCGGGCGCGGGGGGCGGUGGGAGGGGGAUGAGCUGGGUGGAGGCGGGCGGCGGGGAGAUGCACGGAGCGGGGAUUGGUCUCACGGGGAGAGAGAGAGAGAGCACGUAUAAAAUAGAGGCAAUACAUAUUUCCCUUCUAAAUAAUUCGUUGUAG